AUGACAGCAGGCCCCGCCCCGGCGUCUAUCGUUUGCGCAGGCGUCGACGGAAGUGGGCUGCAGGAAGCGGAAGUCCCGCCCUCCUCCGGCUCAAUUGAGAGGCGAAAGCAACGCGGCGAAGAACGGCGGAUCUCUGUGGGCAACUGCCACCAUGAGCCUCCUCAACAAACCCAAGAGUGAGAUGACCCCGGAGGAGCUGCAGAAGCGGGAGGAGGAGGAGUUCAACACGGGCCCGCUCUCGGUGCUCACGCAGUCGGUCAAGAACAACACCCAGGUGCUCAUCAACUGCCGCAACAACAAGAAACUCCUCGGCCGCGUGAAGGCCUUCGACAGGCACUGCAACAUGGUGCUGGAGAACGUGAAGGAAAUGUGGACCGAGGUUCCCAAGAGUGGCAAGGGCAAGAAGAAGUCCAAGCCGGUCAACAAGGACCGCUACAUCUCCAAGAUGUUCCUGCGCGGGGACUCCGUCAUCGUCGUCCUGCGGAAUCCCCUCAUUGCGGGCAAGUAGGGCCUGAGCCUGCCUCUAACCUGUGAAGACUUGCCUGGCUGAUGUGAUGGGAAUAAAACCAUGGUUUUGUUUUG